CCCUCACACGGAUCGAUGACGUGGCACAAGAUUUUUUUUGAAAUCCCGCCCAAACCCGGACUUCAAUUCAUUCGUGAUUCCAAUUUUAAUUUUUCCUUCACAAACUCCUCUCUUCUUAUCUGUCCUCCUCACCACACCGAAGCAAAGCAAUCGUUUCACUCACUCUCUCUCUAUAACCCUAACCCUAGAGGUUUUACCAUGAAAGGAGGUAGAUCGAAGGCGGAGCCCAAGAAAGCUGAUUCCAAGCUUUCUGUGAAGAAGAAAGGUGCCGAGAAACCUGCUAAACAGCCUGCGAAAAAGGGGAAGGCUGCUGCCAAGGAUCCUAACAAGCCUAAGAGGCCUGCCAGUGCCUUCUUCGUUUUCAUGGAGGAUUUCAGGAAGACGUACAAGGAGAAGCAUCCAAACAACAAGUCCGUUGCUGCUGUUGGUAAGGCUGGUGGAGACAAAUGGAAAUCCAUGUCAGAAGCUGAAAAAGCCCCAUUUGUCUCGAGGGCAGAGAAAAGGAAGACUGAAUACAACAAGAACAUCGAGGCUUACAAUAAGAGAAUAGCUGACGGACCAGCUGAGGAUGAGGAGUCUGACAAAUCGAUGUCCGAGGUGCACGACGACGACGAUGAUGAGAGUGGAGAGGAAGAAGAUGACGACGAGUAGGCGAAAUGCAGGAGGUGGGUGGGGAUUUGCGGUGAAGAUUGGGGCAGGUUGUGUAGGAUUUCUAUAACAUGAAGACUAGUCAUUUUGGGGUUAGUCCAUCUUGAUAAAUAGUCAGUUUUUCUCUUUUUGUGCUUGUUGGAUGAUGGUGGUGGUGGUAGGUGAUGAAAGAAGUUUCAGGAAGUCCUGAAGCUCACUUAUAUAUGGCUAUGUACUUGAUGUUCUUCAAUCUUCAAUGAUUAAACUAGGGUUUUUAUAUUGUUAGAAUUCUUUGCUUCUGCCAUCCAUAUUGAAAGUGUCUCAUUGUUUUGUCAAUACCAUGGUGGUUGAUUUUA